AUGGAUCUCGAGGUCAAUGGAGUCCGUUGUCGUGCUCUGAUUGACACCGGGAGCUUGAAGAUAAUGCGCAAGAUCGGUAAAGGUGCAUCUGAGGUCUGUCGACCACUCAAACAACUGGACGAAGAUGGCAAUCUGGUGUUGUCUGAUUAUGAAAUUGUUGGAUCACUGGAGAAUGAAUCGCGUGACUUGCUGUUAGCGUUUCUUCCAUCUGCUAACGAAACUACUGAACUCUAUCGCUUUCCGUUCGUUCGGCUUACCGUGCGAAAAGUAACCGAUGUUCCAGUCGACGGGCAUUCGACAUCGGUAUGCGAAUCAGAGGAACCUACAUUAAAAUCUAUUUCUGAUCGUUUGGAUCAACUCACUUCCACUGUGGCUUCUUUGGCGGAUUCUGCUACUCCCAAUCGGCGUUCUUCUCGUGCUACCACGGUCCGUAAAAGUUUCACUAAUGGACAUUCCACACCGCCUAUCAAGUUAUCGUCACCCGAGGAUAAGAAGCCUUCUGUCUCCUCAGCGAAAUCCAAGGGCAGAAGUCCAAAUCCUAUUAUUGCUAAAGCAUCCGCAACGUUACCGCAUACUCAUCUUUCAGAUUCCAGUCACUCACUAUUCACAGACCGCCUAAAUGAUACCAUUGAUGAUGUCCUAUCUUGUAUUCGGCGUGGGAAAGACGGGCGGCUGUUCGAUGGUAUAAAAGCAAAACUGUUUGCCAACCUGGACGCGUUACCUCCGCCAUCAGCACAAAUCGUGGAGAGCACUGCCGAGGUGAUCAGUCAUGCAAAAUCGCCCAGUAAGAUAAACCCCAGAAAGCGAACUGUGUCGUCCGACUUUUUAGAUCAGCCAUGUGAAAUAGCUGCUCCAUCGCCGACAAAAAUGCGGUUCACUCCCAUUACACAUCACGCUUCCAUCAGUCAAAAUGAUCGACUCAAUUCUAAUAAUCCGACGGUGGUACACAUCCGCAGUGAGGAAGAUGAGCUCAAUGAUCUCCUGGAAUCCCUUGCUAGAAAAGAAGCUGCAAAGGACGCGCGACAGGAGGUCAAAAAUAAAAUAGCCUGGACUAAACGCCAUCAGCAGAAAUCUAGUCAAAAUGAGGUUUCUUGA